AUGGUGAAGGCAUCUGAGUUUUCUGAAGGCCAAGAUGAAGAGGAAGAUGAUGCUAGAACUGGAGAGUCUGAUUCAGUCUUCAAAAUCGUAUCGAUGAUUUACCAGAGAAUUAUAUAUAUGUAUCCAAUGCUACACAAAUUGGAAGCUAACAAUGGUAAUGGGACCAUGAAGCCUCUAAACAUUUCCAAAUCUUCAGUCUACUCAAUUAACAGAAACCCUGCUGAUUUUAACAUACCGGAAGUAGGAAUCGGGUACAUGAUUAGAGGAGAAGAAAAUUUUGGGAAGUGGAUUCCUUUUUCAAGGAGGCAUGGCAUAGUUAAAGUGGAUCAGCACAAGGAGGCAUGGCAUAGGAAACUUUUCCAAGAAAAGGCACGUGAAGUGGAUGAAGAGUCAAAUGAAAAGAUUCUUAGAACAAGAAAUGUUGAGACACACGGAGAAAUAGCGCUCAACUUGCUUGGAAAUUUUUUCCAAGAAAAGACAAGUGAAACAUUGAUUAAUGGUGGUGUAUAG